UGGAGGCGCUGCAGCGUGGGAUCGCUUAGCGAAGCAAUCGGCGGCUGACAGAGUGAAUCCAUACCAAAUUAGAAAUUGGGAGUUUCCCGAAUUUCGCAAAGAACCCGUUACGCCCGAAACUUUCGGCGUAACUAAUGCAGUUCCACAAAACUAUCCUCUCGAAAAUGUGCAGAACAUUAUGAAGAAACAAUUUCCAUCUAAAGCAGAAGCUGAAGGCAAGCGGGAAGUCAAGAAAAAAUGCGAACCGCAUCAUUCAUAUAAGGAUUGUGUCCACCUUAGGCACACUCAGAAUCAAAUUCGAGAUCAUGCUAUCGCUCGGGAGAAGAUCAUUGCGAUUCAGGAGAAGCUUCAACCGCGAACGUGUUAUGUUGAAAUUGAAGAGAAGAAAAGUCCUGACAAGUAUGAUCUCAUCAAAUUCGCAAGUCCUACAAAUAUUGGAAAUGUUAAACUAGCCAGCCCAUCCCCAAGUUUAGAUUACGUCAAUGUCCCUUCAAGAAGAUUGCUGGAUUUGAAAAAUUCGAGAUCAGGUGUGUUUAUCAAUGAGACUCCUUUUCAAGCGGUCCCACCCCUUUUUGAAGGCUAUAAUCCCAGACUAAUGCAGGAGUCAUUAGAAAAGGAAUAUCAAAUAUUUGAUAUUGCCCAAAACGCCGGUCAAAAUUUGUUAAAUAUCCCGGGAAGAAAGGUGGAUGCGCCUAAACGAGCAUGUUGUUGCCAUUUUGCUGUUCAAAAGCGACCCAUGUUGAGACAACUCAAAGAUGUGUUUACGAAGGACCGAUUUCUGCACAUGAACGUAAACAUCGAAGAAGAACUGGACGUUGGCUAUUUAAAUGAGGCAACUAAUCUGUUUUUGAUGACGAAUACAAACAAUAUUUUAAGAGACGAUACUCCGAAAUCAGUACCACUUCGGGAAAAGAAAGGAAGCUAUUCCUACCAAUUUCGACACGAACAUAUUAAACUCAAUUUCUUCAGCGAAUUUCGAUGCGAGCGAAAACCGGUUGAGGAGCUGGGACGUCGUCCAGUAGAAAUAGCUUUAUUAUUUUCUGCGUACGCGCAUACUUUCGUUCGUCCUGUUUACGAAUGGAACAUGUCGACCCUACUUCAAAUUGAACAACAAGGUCGCAAAUUGUUUGAUCGAAGCGUUAAGGUGGACUACAAAUGUGAGAACUCAGAUUUUGAUAUUGACCGCUACUUAGUCUUGGGCAAAACCCCUAUGACGAUUCAUUGCGACAAACCCAUGUUCGUCGGAACUGUGGACGGACCAGGUAUGGAUCUUUCUGAAGUCCUUAAGAAUUAUUUCUCCGACAGAACAGCCUGCAUAUUUGUCUGUGAAAAUGAAUUCUAUCUUAUAUGGAAACAAUGCAAGUACUAUUAUAUUUUCGACCCUCAUGGACGUGACCGAGAAAGCUUGCAACCAAACGAAAAGCAAGGCUAUGCGACUCUUAUUAGAUGUAGAACGCUGCAAGACGUGCUUAAUUUAUUGAAAAGAGGCUCCAACUUGAAACCAAACCUAACAUUCAGACUAUAUGAUAUACAGUUAGAGGACUACAGUAUGCCGCAUGACGUUAAAACAGCAAAGGCUCAGAGGCCGAAAAGGAAUUAUUCAGUUGUAAAUAAAUAUUACGCGAUAAUUAGGGCAAGUGAUGGAUUACCAGUAAACCCCAAAGCUAAGCUGAAUCCUUCAAUGCUGAUUUCUUGCCUAGCUAGAAUUUACUCUGAUGUUGAUCCUGCUCGAUUUUGGACACAAAAUUUAAUAGACCAACUCAGGAAUUAUUCGGCUACGAUUUUCGCGAAGCAAGUUAAAUCUGAAAAAUUAAAGACAUAUAGCAUCGCCAAUUUGAGUAGCACCCAUCGAAUAGGGUCUUAUCGAACUGAGAUAAACAUCACUCCAUACUUCGCCGCCGGCCAAGUGGGGCAGUGUCCUACCUUCCGUGAAUCCCAACUGGUUUCUGCAUUGUGUCUACUUUUUGAAAACGCCAACGCAGGGCUCCUGCAAAUUGAAAACUACACAAUGGCAGUUUGGAAGGACUCGAAAUUCUUAUAUGCUUUCGAUCCAUUUCGACGUAGCCCGGCUGGUAUGUUCAUUGAGCGCGAACAAAAAGGAGCAGCUUGCCUUCAAAUUUUUCUGAGUUUAAGGACAUUAUGCUCUGUUUUGUAUAAUAAUGCACGAGCCAUGGCGCCGCAGGGAAAUUUCUUCAUUCACGCGAUUGAAAUGGUGAAAACGAGGGUCGCACAUCAUAGCAAGUUAAAGUCGGAAAAGGCAACGUUUCCGCUGCUUCUUUUGGACUGUCCUGUUAAAUGUGAGGAGCCUAUCAAAGAUGCUAGCUCUACUUUUGAUGCGAAAGAUGUUGUUUCGAACAGUGAUUUCUACACUAGAUGUCUAUCUGUUCUGAGUGUCAGCCCAUGUGAGCGUACAUGCUCUGAAUCCGAGUUUAUAGAAAAGGAACGCAAGGAGAAGCUAAAGUUGCAGAAAAUGAGCAACAUAAAGACCCGAAUCGCUGUGAGCGCAGUUUCCUUGACUGAAUCACAAAAAAUUGAUUGGUUCGACUCGUACGAUGUGGUUCUUCCAAUAAUAGAAGAUUUACUACAAAUGUGCUACUCGGAGCCACCACCACCACCUGUGAAAGAAAAUUUAACUGGCAAAGCACGCAAAGUUCUUCUCAAAUCCGACACGGACUACCUUAAUACUCUGAUCAGAAAUGUGGAGAGAGGAGCCGACUACGACAACUUCUUUGUCGAAUUCCCAACCAGUCCGAAUAUUGACGAUUACAUAACAUCUUUGGAAGAGGAACUGAAGGCAGAAACCCCAUUCAAGUUAAUGCCAGAUGGCAACUGGGUUGUAACCACUUCGAACUACUUUACCCUCACACCUGAAAAUAUGGAUUUAGGUGGAUUGGCUGCGUUUGUGGCUGCUGUUCUUGCAAGCAGGUAUAACGUCAAGUUUUGGAAUUCACAACUUCUUGAUUAUACCAUCCAGACUGCCAUGAGUCUUCAAAGUUCUACCCAGAUUCCCAAGAGCUUCGUCAACUUUCUAAUGAAUUCCAAGUUACCAAAUAUUGACAUUGGCAAUAAUGUUUACAACGUAUCGGCCGAACGACUGGCUAUGGGACCGGCUUACAACCUACAGAAUAUGCUGGAAAAAGCCUUUGAGAACCACAAUGAUAUCAUUGUAUUGUUCAAUACUUUUAGUUGUGCCAUUUUCAAGCGGAAUGUCUUUUAUUUUUUGUAUAUAGGACUUCCGUGCGAUCUUAUGGGGUUUAGGCGAAAAAAUACUGGCGCCCCUACUUUAGUCAGAUCCUUGGAUCUAGACGGCAUGGUCCGUAGAAUUCAGGCGAAUAGAAAUAAUACCAACGAGGAGCAAAAAGGAAUAGUUUUUGGCAUUCGGACUAGAGAACUCACUAGACCGUACUCCCGGUUCAUGCAAACUUCUCCUUCUGAGGAAGAUUUAAUAUAUCAGGACGAAAAAACUAAAUUAGAUAAGAAGCGGGAACGUACGCAAACGAAGAUUCUUUUCUUAAAAGAUGAGUUGGUGAAGGAGAAACAUAGAAUCGAUACAUUCCGAAGAGAGAAAUACGGCGAAGAGGAUGACUUCUCAGACAUCCUGGGAGAAGAGGAAUACUACGAGUUUGAAGAUGAUAAUUUACCAAAAUCCAAACAAGUGCCGGGUGCAGAACUGCCUCCUACUGAUCCUUUGUACUUGGUUAGUGCCGAGCAUGAGCGCCGUCAACCAGAGUUAGGGUUCCGUUACUAUCAGCCUGACUACAACUUCAAAAUCCAAGGAACAACGGCCUUGGAAAGCCGUAGUGCUGCGACAGGAACCCAUCUCAUACGCCCUUGCCACUUUGCGGCACUUUACGCUAUACUGUAUGUUAUCCAUCGACCUCUCAAGAAAUGGGAUUUCCGUCGAGUGGAUAUGGUUAUCGAAAAUGCUCUCGAAUUGAAUAAUUUGAUUCAAGACAAAAAUAUUUGUUAUUCGCGAAAGAUCAACAACGUUGUAGUCGACAACUACGCUUAUGGCGUCGAAAUUAAAAAAUAUGAAAUAUUUCUUCCACAAAGAAGGACCCCAAUUGAUGCAGCUGUUCGACAGAUUAUCGAAAAACGAAAGUACUUCAUGAUUCAAUUUGAAAACGCAACGUACGCUAUAUAUAAAGAUCAGUAUUUUCAUCUAUUCGACCCUUACAGCACUUUAGAGGUUAUAAAUAAUUCAAGAAGCCCUAAUAGGCCACAACGGUUGAAAAAAAUUAAGCCAUCAAUGGAUCGCAAUACUGCUUCAUGGGUAAUCUUUCCCGAUAUUGACUACAUGCUCACAUACAUUGAGGAACGGGUUACGUCGCCAAACUGGAGAUCCGAGUUUAACUUGUACGUUGUGAAUAUUCUUUCCACAAGGAGAGCUCCGAAGAAGAAAAGGUUCAUUCAUGUGCUUGCCACUUCGCCAAUCGACCCCGAAGUAGACGAGCCAGAAUAUCAAAUUGUUGAGUUGCAGACUGAGAAAGUUGCUUGGAUAGAGAUGUUCGGUGGCGUGAUUCCUUGGAGUCCACUGACUCCUAUGAACAUGAAUAACGACAAGCGUGGAUUCCCCCAUACUAAGUGGAAGAGCUUUGAUAUUGAAUUACCUGGAACACUCUACACACUUUGGGGAGAUCUCCAUCCGAAGGCAAGUGUAUUUGGAAAUAGUCGGGAUAAGCAAUAUCAGGCUACUAACGUGAUAGCGUGUUGUAUGGCAUACGUGUACCAUGUCGAAGAAUGGACACCGAAUAUUCUGGAUGCGAUUGUAGUCAAUGGAGACAAGUAUUUCAGAGAAAGCACAACUGACAUUGUCUUCAAGGACUACGAAAUGAGCCUUGAAGAUUUGAAUGUAGAAUUUAGCAUGGGAGACCUUUGCAACUUUGCUAUACAUCUUGAGAGCGUCGUUUUUGGCUUGCUCUAUGAAUCCAAACCAAAAAUGUUCAAUUUAAGCAGGGCACUAUCGUACUUUUUUGUCAACAAUCGGUAUGGAGUUAUUCAGUGCAUGCGAAAGACUCUAGGCUUUGGCAAAACCAAGACAGGGUAUUUCCUAUUCGACUGUCAAUCGCAUGGAGCACCUUUGUUUCAGCCAAAUCAAGGCUGUGCGUACACAAUCUUGACAAAUACCCUUGAAACACUUCUCUAUUGCCUCACAGUUACGCUUCAGAUUCCGUACUAUAACAUUGAAUUCCUGAUUCACGCAGUUAGACCAGGAGUUAAGAAACCCGAAGGUGAUUCUAAGGCGGAUGUAGGGAAAUUUACACCCCAGCAGAUGCAGCAGACUGAUAAGAACCAAACUGCAGAAAAUGCUGGUCCAGCCACAGCGGUAGAUCCGGCAGCAGCACCACCCGCACCCCCACCUGCCGAUCCAGCUCCAGAGCGGGAACCAGAUCCAGAACCGGAACCAGUGGAACCUCCGUCAGCACCAGUUGAUGAGGGAGCAGCAGAGCCUGAGGCAUGAAGCGGAUAAAAUUUUAUAAUGUACU